AUGCCUCUCGUAGUCCCCGGAAUCCAGUCCAAGGACGGUAAGGACGACUGGGCCACGAAGCUCAUGGGCAAGUCCAUCGGCGAUGCACAUAACGAGACUACAUUCGCAAAGCAGGAUCUGCCCAAGGAGCACCGCGUGCUGCAGCCCGAUAGCAUGUCGACCAUGGACCACAAGCCCGACAGGCUAAACAUCCACGUCGGCGAGGACGGCACGGUGCAGAACGUGCGCUACGGCUAG